UGCAAAUCCCUUUUUGUAGUGUGAGAACACAACGUGCUGUCAAGCUCAGCGAGAUACGCCAAUUUUGCUGCAUUUUUUUGUGACUGCCAGACGGGGCAAUAGGGCCUCUCGCUCGCGGUAGCUUCAGGAAUUUCCUGACAUCGACGGGGCAUUAUGAAGCCGUCGAUGCGCCUCUUGACUGAGCUUAGCGAAGCUGCUUGCAGCCGGGCCCGGCCCAUCACCCUGAAGGAAGUGCUCGCAGCGACUACCUCAGUUGGCUUGGCCUUUGUGGUGACCAACCAGUGGGCCACAAGCGUGCAGCUAACCUCGCAUGCUGAAGUCUCGUCAGCAACUGUGAAGGCUGAGAUGGCCGAGGUCAAAGCUGACGUGAGGGGCUUGAAGACUGCGGUUGCCGACGUCAAAGCUGACGUGAAGGGCUUGAAGACUGGGAUUGCCGGCGUGAAGACCGACAUGGCCGCGAUGAAGAUGGCGCUGGACGAGCUUCUGCGGCGCGUGCCAACGCCGCCACAACGCUAGGUGAGCAGGUCAAUAAUCUCAUGCUUGAAGGGAGCCUCAAGGCGCCUGCCAGCUGGCAGCUGCUGUCGCGGCAAGGCGCAGGCGGCGGCGGCAGCACCAUGGACUACCAGGGGCUUGCGGACAUGUACCUCGCCCUUGGCGGCGUGCGCUGCCCCAACCUGGUCCGCCUGCACUGCCGCGGCGGCAACAGUGGCGGCGGCAGCGGCGGCAUCCACCUGCAGCCCGACGGCAAGACGGUAGUGCUGUACCUGGAGCCCGUGGGGUUGCCACUGCAGCGCGCGCCGCCGAGCGAGGCCGACCUGCGGCGGGCGGUCCGCAACGUGCUGGCGGGCGUGGUGGCUCUGCACGCAGCAGGCUUUGUGCACCGCGACAUCAAGUGGCAGAAUGUGAUCAGGCUGCCGGCGGCCGCCGCCUUCACCACCGCCGCCUCGCAGCAGCCGGCGGCGCCAUCAGCCUCCAGUGGCAGCUCACCGGCUGUGGGCGCGGCGGACACGUACGUGCUCAUUGACCUGGAGCACGCAGCGCCCGCGGACUUCCCGCUGGACUGCGGCCAGCCGCCGCCGUACCAGCUGCCCACGUGGCCGGCGGCGCACCUGCUGGACCCGGCCACUGGGCGCUACACGCGGCAGUCCGACCUGUGCAUGCUGGCGGCGGCGCUGAUGAGUUACCUGCCCUUCUCGCUCAGCGACAGCGGCUGCGACCUGCGGCAGCGGCUGGCGACGCGGCAGCUGCUGAGCGCCGAGGCGGCGCUGCAGCACGAGUGGCUGAUGCAGGAGUAGAUAAAGCGCGGCGGCGGCGGCCCGCCAUGCUGCGCCAGCUGGUCGGGUGCGUGGAUGGCUGGCAGUGGUGGCGGCACAGAGCCGCCGGCAGCAGGCCGAGGUGUAUGUGCAGCCGCGACUCUUGCUGGAUGGCUGACACUGGGCUUCUGGGGGAUGCUGCGGCGAGGCGAACUGCUGGCCGCGCUAGCUACAGCUGCUGGGAGGCGUGGGGCAACAGAAGCCGGAAGGGCCGGUGGACGGGGCUGGAGAUUCAGUGCAGCAACACGGACCAGCAGGGUGCGUGUGGGCGCGGCAGUGCACUAGCAGCGAUGACAGCCAGCCGCGUGCCGCCUAUCGGGAGUAUUGCUUGUGGGCAGAUACGUGCAGUGGCGGCACGCAGCGGGAGCGGGCGACGGCGACCCGCUCUUCGCGGCGGUGGGGCUGCGCACGGUGGGGGCAGGAGGGGAAGGAGUGGUUUACGCGGCGGCUAAGAAUGGAGCCUGCCACAGGCGGUGUGGGAAGGGGCCGCAGGUAAAGCCGGACGCGGCUAGUUUCUCAGCUCACAGCCUGCGUAGGGGCCGCGGGGCUACGGCAGCUGCCAAUGCGGGGCUAUCGAUUGAAGACAUUAUUACGGCGCACGGCCGGUGGAAGUCUGCGUGUACAUUUGUAGAUCAACCUUACAGCAGCGGCGGCUAGUGGCGAGAGUGUGAGCAUGUGGGGAACCAGUCUGGGGGUAGUUCCUGCCCGCCGGCGCAAGCAAGGUAGGCGCGGCGGGGCAGACCUGGUUUGAAAGGGCGGCGUUUGGUGGGCGCCGCCGGGCCGGCUGUGGGGAGAUGGAUCCAGAGUUCUAACCCGCACGUGUACGGCCCGCAAUCCCCCAUAUCUGUUUUGCUGCUGCCUGGACAUAGCGUAAGCAGGUUUGCGAACGGACGCUGAAGGCGGCAACGUGGCUGAGAGAGACAUGGCACUGAGUGCAAUCAAGACGAUGCGGUGUUAUUUUGUGGGUGUAUUACAUGGGCCCCGA